CGAAAUUCCAAAAAAAGAGCUCAAAAUUAUCAUCGAAGCAUCAGAGAGACAAUCCAAUCCCCCCUUUCCCCAUUUUCCUCUCUGUGUUUCUCUCUCUAAAACAACCAAUCUCAAAGACCCCACAAAUCUCUCCUUUAAACCCCUUCUUCCUCAGCACAACCAAAAACCCAAUUUCUCACAGCAAUGCCAGCUUCCUCCUCAGAGACGAGGAAUAGAUGGAGGAAGAGAAAGCGGGAGCCAUUAAUUUCGAGGAAAUCGAAGAACCAACAUGAUGAUGACGGGUUUGAAGAUGAGGAGGAUGAGGAAGACAUUGAACAGCAGGAGAUGGAAGAUGAACAUCAAAACCCUAACAAUUCAGUGGAUCGAAGUUACUCUUCUGUUGAGUUGGUGUCAGAAAGUAGGGACCGGAUUAAUGAGUUUCCUUUGGUAGUGAGACGAGCCGUGACUCGGCCUCAUUCAUCUGUGCUGAAUAUUGUGGCAACAGAGAAGGCUGGGUUGAGUGGGGAGAGCAGACAAAGUGGGUUGGUUUUGGAGAACAUAUCGUAUGGGCAGCUUCAGGCGCUUUCAGCUGUGCCUGCAGAUAGUCACUCUUUGUUGACUGAGGAAAGAGGCGGGGAAGGUAGUGGGAGUGGUUCAUAUGUCAUCACUCCUCCGCAGAUAUUGCCGGGGCGUGGUGUUAUUAAGCAUUAUGGUAGUGCAGGUCGAAUCCAUGUUGUGCCAAUGCACGCAGAUUGGUUUUCACCUAAUACCGUGCACAGAUUGGAAAGACAAGUGGUGCCACAUUUUUUCUCUGGGAAGUCAGCUGAACAUACACCCGAAAAAUACAUGGAAUGUAGAAAUUGUAUUGUUGCAAAGUACAUGGAGUCUCCUGUAAAGCACUUGUCAGUUGAUGAUUGCCAUGAAAUAGUAGGUGGUAUUAGUGCUGAUGAUGUAACUCGAAUUGCAAGAUUUCUUGAUCAUUGGGGGAUCAUCAACUACUGUGCUGUUCCUCCUAAAGAUGAGGCUCAAAAAGAUGGCACAUAUUUGUAUGAGGACACAAACGGUGAUCUCUGUGUUCCAGCAGCUGGUUUGAAGUCUAUUGACAGCUUAGUCCAAUUUGACAAGCCUAAAUGUCGGCUGAAGGCUAAAGAUAUUUAUCCUGAACUUGAGCGUGACUGCGAUGACGACUCUGAUUUUGACAACUCAAUCCGAGAAAUCUUGUCUGAAAUUAGAUGCAAUUGUUGUUCUCGGCCUGUUUCACUAGCGCAUUAUCAGUCACAGAAAGAGAUGGAUAUUCUAUUGUGUUUGGAUUGCUUCCAUGAGGGUAGGUUUAUUGCUGGUCACUCUAGCUUGGAUUUUGUCAAAGUGAGCUCUAUGAAAGAUUAUGGAGAUCUAGAUGGAGAUACUUGGACUGACCAGGAAACACUAUUGCUUCUCGAGGGAAUGCAACUCUACAAUGAAAACUGGAAUCAAAUUGCAGAACAUGUUGGCACCAAGUCAAAGGCACAGUGCAUCCUUCAUUUUGUCCGCCUGCCUUUGGAUGGUGCCGCAUUAGACAAUAUUGAACUUCCAGGUGCAUCUGGUCCCUCUAGGUCUAAGACAGGUGAAGAUCGUAAUAAAUCUCAUUCAACUUUGAAUGGGAAUCUUGCAGGACCAAGCACUGGAAACCUUGAUUCUGAUAGCAAAUUUCCAUUUGAGAACUGUGGAAAUCCAGUAAUGUCCCUGGUUGCUUUUCUGGCAUCUGCUGUUGGACCGAGAGUUGCUGCAGCAUGUGCCCAUGCAUCCUUGGCAGCUUUAUCCAAGGAUGAUACUUUAACUGCAUCACAGAACAUGACUCAGAUGGAUGGAUCCACAACAAAUAAUGGGAUCAGUGUAGGAGGAAUGCCUGGAAAGAAUGAAAGUCCUCAUGGAGAUGUUGGAAGUUCGUAUCAGCGAAAAGAUGAUAAGGCAGGAGGACAAGGUCCAUGGGGUCAACAUGAUGCUGGAGGGACUCCAUUAUCCACUGAAAGUGUAAGAGCUGCUGCUAAAGUUGGUCUUGCAGCUGCAGCUGUAAAAUCAAAGCUUUUUGCUGACCAUGAAGAACGUGAGAUUCAGCGGUUAUCUGCAAACAUAGUCAACCAUCAGUUGAAGAGGUUAGAGCUGAAGCUGAAGCAGUUUGCUGAGGUGGAGACCUUGCUAAUGAAAGAAUGUGAACAAUUGGAGAGAACAAGGCAACGCUUUUUUGGAGAACGUGCUCGGAUAAUGACAACUCAACCUGGUUCGGUGCGUGUAUCCCGACCAAUGGGUGUGUCUGGUGCUGGUGCAGCAGUGGUCAAUAAUACAGGAAAUAGUAGGCAACAAGUUUCAGGUCCUCCACAACAAAAUUUUAUUGCUGGAUAUGGAAACAACCAACCAAUGCACCCUCAAAUGUCAUUUAUGCAGCAACAGGGAAUUUAUGGAUUUGGGCCUCGGCUGCCACUCUCAGCGAUUCACCCAUCCUCUUCAACACCCAGCAUGUUUAAUGCACCAGCAAGUUCCCAGCCCGCUCUCAGUCAUUCAAUGCUUAGACCUGUAUCUGGGACAAAAACAGGUUUAGGUUGAGUGCAGAUAGUGAUUGAGCUUUGGAUUUGCUUCAGUUUACUGAUCGGUUCUCUUCAUUUCUGCAAUUAUUGAGGCGAGAGAACAAGUUGCAUUGCUCUGUCAGACGGAUUGAGACAUUAAUGAAGCCAAUCGACUGAAGAUGCAGCUCGGACUGACAGUGCAAUGGCCUGAUUACUCAAGCAGGACUUCUCACAUUAGUUGCUGCUUUAUGCAGCUAAACUUAUUCGUAGAAACAACUUGUACUAUAUUUCGGUUUCUACUGUGACAUAACUCUCUUUUGGUGACAACAAGUAUGAGACUAGGGGUCUAGACAUGUAGUUUUGUGCAGUACAGGUAAUUAAGAUGGAGAAAACAGGGCAAUGGAGUAUGGCAGUUUCUUGAUCAUACACGUCGUGUAACUAAAUUGUUGUGCUGAUUUUCCUACAUUUGUAACCGAUUUCUCAAGUAAUUUAACUAAGCUUUGAGGGUUAAAACCAAA